GCGCUCUCAUUGGCCGACCCGGACCAGCUCACGUGACACCAGGAAAGUGGCGGGAGAACGUCACGCAGUUUUUUCUCCGGGCUUCCAUGCCGACGAGAAGUCGAAUUCGAAUCGGAUCGUCCCCGUGCAUGUCGCGGCUUCGAGCCAUGGAUACCAGCUACCGUCUCUCGCCCAAGUCCCUCUUCAGAGACGACGACGACGCGAGGGGUUCGGACUCGCCUCCGACGAGCGACUUGAACAGCUCCACGGACUCUGGCGUCGUGCGAUCGGCCGACCGAUCCCCGUCCGUACCCGUGCUCAAAGUGCGGCCGGUCCCGCGGCAAGAAACGCCUCCGUACAAGAGGAUCAGGGCGCUUCGGUUGUUCGGGUCGCCGCAGACUCCCAAGACCCUACUUCAGCGGUCCGAGGCGCCCAGCACGCGGGACGUCGUCGGGAGUCGCCAACGGACGCAUCUCGUCGAGGUCGGCGCCAACGUGAACCCCUUUUCGCCGGCUCCUACGACGCCGCCGCCUCCGCUGCGUUCCAAGCGACCCCGCCAGAGCUUCAGCUUGCUCAGGACUCCCCAAAAUGGAUCGUCGCUGGACGUUUCCGACAUCUGUGAGGAUCAAGAGGACUGGGAGGAGGAAAGGUUUUCGAAGCUGCAGCGUAUCACGCCGGCGGCCGAGCCCGGUUCUUCGCGCUACGAGGCGGAGUUUUUGGAGCUGUGUCAGGUGGGGUCCGGGGAGUUUGGCAGUGUGUACAAGUGCAUCAACAGGCUCGACGGCUGCGUCUAUGCCAUCAAGAAGUCCCGAAAGCCCAUACGCGGCACCCAGGACGAGAAGACGGCGCUGAACGAAGUGUACGCGCAUGCGGUCCUUGGCCAGCAUCCCCACGUCGUCCGCUACUACUCGGCGUGGGCGGAGGAAGACCACAUGAUCAUACAGAACGAGUUCUGCAACGAGGGUAGCUUGGCCGACGCCAUCCAGCGCCACGAGCUUGCGGGUGAGCGCUUCCCGGAGCCGGAGCUCAAGCGCAUCCUCCUACAUGUCGCAGAGGGGCUCAUGUACUUCCACUCACAGAACCUCGUCCACAUGGACAUCAAGCCAGGCAACAUUUUCAUGUCGAGGGUGGCCAAUCCCGUAAUUCCGGAAGGCUCUGACGACGGCUUCGACGAGUGGCUCGACAAACCGCCAGAUGAAGAGAUAAUCUACAAGAUUGGUGACCUGGGUCACGUGACCUCCAGCAAGAACCCCCAGGUGGAAGAGGGCGACUGUCGCUACCUUGCCAAGGAGGUGCUUCGCGAGAAUUACUCCAACUUGCCCAAGGCCGACAUUUUUGCCCUGGGUCUCACUGUCUUUGAAGCGGCUGGAGGGGGUCCUCUGCCCAAGAACGGGCAAGAGUGGACCAACAUACGCAAGGGACGACUUCCCUACCUCGACCACUGCUCGCCCGAGUUCAACAACCUGCUGCUCGAGAUGACCCAAAAGGCAGCGGAGAAGCGUCCGUCGGCGUGCUCCCUGCUGCAUCACCCGGCGUUGGUCCCCCACGGCCGCAAGUCACGUGCCCAGCUCCGCAAGGAGCUCAAUGCGGAGCGCUUCAAGAACGAACUGCUCUCAAGGAAGCUGGAAGAGGCAUCGAUGUGCCUUCAAGGACUGCCGAGCAUCGUCAAGGCAACGACGACGACGUUACGCGACGAACGGCUCCAUCGACUCAUCGGCAAGAAAGCCAACCGGAGUCACAGCGUCACAAACUUCUGAACUGGAGGGUGGGGGGAGGGGGGGAGGCAUAUUUUCUGACCCACACACGAUCAUCGUUUUCAUUCCCAUUUGUUCCUUGUUUUCUUUUUUUUUUUUCCUCUUUCCUUUUUCAUUGUUUCACAUCAUCUUGGAGUACCUGCGGUUGCUGGCAGCUCUGUAGCUGCCUUCUUCCUUUUUUAAAUUUGUGUUGUCUCUUCUGCGCGUAACUUAACAGCGUUGCGGGGGCAAGUCGAAAAAAUCGAGGCGCCGGAUUCGAAUUUUCGCCGCGAGAGGGUCCUUUCCUCGCUUCCGACGGUUUCUUGCAUUCCAAGUUGGUUUUAUACCCUAGCCUAUUGUAUUAUUUUUUCUUUUUUGAGAAAGAGAAACUAUUGAAAGAACCACUGGAGGGAGCCACGAAACAACAAAAAGAACUGCAGCAAACGAAUGCAACGUUGAAAAACCUUCUCUCACCAUCUAUUGUGGGCUUGGGCCUGCCCAUUUCUCGUUUCACCCUACACUGGGCCGCAGCAGGCUCUACGAGCCAUCAAAGUCGGGCCAGUGCUUUGGACGUACCAUGCACCCCGCAGAUUGCUGCGUUCGUACCGAAGGCUAUGCGACACUCGCAUGGCAGUUGGUCAGCUGGAAGGCUCGUAGCGUCCUCCGUGCUGCAUCGUAAGGGGAAACGAAGAGUAUAUUCCCGAGCGGGUGCAGGAUUGAAGUGCAUUUUUGUUUGUGCGUUUCAGCGGGAUCGAGGAGCCAAAUUUUCAGGGCGCUCGGAAAGGAAGUGUCAAGAAGAGGCGCGCACAUAAAACCCCAUAGUCUUGCUUCUCGGUGCCCUUUCUUGAUCUCUGCUUUUGAGCGCCGUGGCCAAAUGCAUACCACAUCGUACGUCGUGCUGAACAAUACCAAUUCUGGCUUAAUUCUAUACGACCCCUUACUAGACUAUUUCUGGACUCUGCACGCUUCUAAAACUCGUCGCCGACAGCUCGGGAAACGCGGGGCGCGGCUGUUUGUGCGUGUCUUGCUUUGCGAUUCGUUUUUCGGCUUGUUUAUCGGCCAAUUCUGCACUCCCGUUGGCCGAGGCACCGUUAAAAGACGCACGGGACUUGCCGCACCCUGCGUUUCGCUGCGGCGACCGUGGCCCGCAUUGUCUCCUCACCCCUUCCAGUGGCUUCUCGAUAGCAGAGAUGAAGUACCUUUUGGGAAUAGAGUAUAGCUGUCGUGCCAUAAGUUAUUGCAGCUGUUUUAUCGUGCGAGUGUAUGAAAGUGUACAUAGGCCAUCACCACCCUGUUUUUGUACCAUAAGAAUUGCACACCCCAGUCAUUCGAGAGAAGUAAAGUUUAUGCAGUCAUUUCA